CGCGGCGCCCGGAGCGCGGCCAUGGGGAAGGCGCAGUCCAGGCUGGGGGACAGCUCCGUGGUGCCCGCGUUCGCGAGCGGCUGCAAAGGCACGGAGGAGGCCGAGCGAAGCACCAGCGGCAAGCAGGAGCCGCCCAGCGGGGACCUGAAGGAGGGACCUUUCUGGGAGGACCAGUGCCCCUUAGAGGUGGCGCUGCCCCCUGAGAAGGCCGAGGGCCGCGAAGGCACAGGACAGCUCUCCAGCUCGGGGGAUGGAGACAGAGCCUCAGGCCACGAGGGCCCACGGGGGCUGGGCAGGAAGCCGCUGGACCUCAGUGCGCUCCAGUGUGACGUGUCGGUGGAGGAGGACAACCGUCAGGAGUGGACGUUCACACUCUAUGGCUUUGACCACAGUGGCAAGGCCACCAGGGAGGACAUGUCCAGCCUGAUGCACACCAUCUACGAGGCCGUCGAUGCCUCCAUCAACCACUCCUCUGGCAGCAGCAAGACCCUCCGCGUGAAGCUGACCGUCAGCCCUGAGUCUUAUGGCGGGAGAAAGGACAGCCCCCCCACAGGCCAGGACCGGGAGCCCCCUCGCUGCAGGAUGGAGGCUGAGCUCACCGAGGACCCCAGGGGAACCGACAAGAGGCCAUCUGCACACACCAGGAAGCCCAGUGCCGAACCCCACCCCUGCUGCGAGCGCGGCCCAUACCGUGUGGACGAGAACACAGAGCGGAGAAACCACUACCUGGACCUGGCCGGGAUAGAGAACUACACAUCUAAGUUUGGACCUGGGUCCCCGCCGGUGCAGGCCAAGCAGGAGCACCCGGGCAAGGCCGCGUACCCCCAAAGCCGAUCCCGUUCCCAGGAGUCGGAUACGCACUCUGCAUGGCACCGCAGGUCCCAGGUGCUGGCCGACCCCCCACUGCUGGCCUCAGAACCCACCGUCAGGGCCCUGGAUGUGCAGCCCCGAAUGAAGGGGCUGGAGAAGCCGCUCCUCAAGUCCCCCAAGGGCUCAGGGAGGCCGCCCGGGGCGCCCAGCGGGGGCAAGCCCGGGAGAGCCUUGGGCUACUACCUGCCGGCUGCCGCGCCCCAGGCCCCACAGGACGGCCACCACCCCCCGCCGCCCCCGCCGCAGCCCUACGGCCACAAGCGGUACCGGCAGAGGAGCAGGGAAGGCCACUCGCCGCUCAAGGCUGCGCUGGGCCAGCCGGUGGUGCUGGAGCACGAGCUGGUGCGGGACCUGCCGGCCACGCUGGCAGGGGAGGGCUGUGCGGUGCCCACGGUCCAGCGCCACGAGCACCACCACCACCACGAGCACCACCACCACCACCACUACCACCACCAUCACCCGUCCUAGGGUGUGCACGCGGCGCCGGGUGGGGGCCCCACUGAGGUGGUGCCGAUGGACCCUGCCGGAAGGCCCCCUGCCCGUCCCCAUCCCUCCCCGCCCGGUGCCCGCACGGAUGUCGUGUCCAGAGAACACGUGGGAUGUGCCACUGGCAGCUCAGUUACGAAGCUGUUUUCUAUAGCCCUGGGAACUGUGCGUAAAUAUCGCUUCUGUUUGCUUCCACCCGAGGCCCCGUGGAGUUGGAGGGCUCCGCUCUGACGCGCGUGUGGGGCAUAUGGGGUGGUGAGGGUUCCUGGUCAGGCGGCCCUCCCUAUAAUUUAUUCAUUACAAAAGUCAGAAGGGGUGGGUGGGGGUAGCUGUCCCUCCUCAUGCAGCCGCUAAGCACUGCCAGGCAGAAGGGGGGCAGCCAUGCGGGACGGAGAGAUGGCGGGAGGCGGUGGGGACAGGGGUGAGGCUGGACUGGGGUCUGCAGGAGGCAGCUUCUGGACUCGCGUGCCCCUGGUGUCCUCAGUGGACACGGACGUGGGCAGCAGGCAGGUGGACACGACACGACCAGGCUUUGGGGCAGUUCCCCUUUGGGAAAGCACAAUUCCUCUGGGACGUGAGGCUGCCCCGGGGGUGCGGGCAGCGGUCCCCCGGCACGGGAAGCUACUGCACCUUUGUCCCCAAGGAGCAGGUGGGCUUCCUGGUGACCUGUGACUGUGCGGGUGAUGUCAUGUCCUGGGUGCUGUGCUCGUGUGGGGCAUUGGUGGUGGAAGCGUGAGAUCCCCCAGGCCGAAUAAAAAUACGUGCAUUUUGGAA